AUGUCUGUUCCAAACCAACACUGUUCGGUUAUUAUUAACCCUCCUCCACCAGAAUACAUAAAUAACAACAAUAAUGGUUGUCAAACAAACCAGCUUCAGUACUUACAGAAGGUGAUCAUGAAAGCCAUGUGGAGACACAACUUUUCCUGGCCGUUUCACCAGCCUGUAGAUGCAGCAGCACUGAAUCUUCCUGAUUAUUACAGUAUUAUAAAGAAACCAAUGGACUUGAGCACCAUUCAAAAGCGUCUGGAACACAAUUACUACACAAAAGCAGCGGAAUGCAUUGAAGACUUUAAAACUAUGUUCUCGAACUGCUACAUAUAUAACAAGCCAGGUGAUGACAUUGUGUUUAUGGCCCAAGAACUAGAAAAAGUUUUUAUGCAGAAAAUAGCUCAAAUGCCACCAGAAGAAAGACCAGUGAUUCUCAAUAAAGGAAAGAGAAAAGAAAAGAAACAAGAAGAAAAAUGGCAGCCCAGCACUGAGACGUCAAACGAACACAGCACAAUGCAGAAACAAGCUGAAAGCAGUGAGCAGCCUCCAGUGAUGGCUCCAAAUCUGCAGCAGGUUACACUGGCUCCUUUUUCUGCAGCUCAGCUGACGACUUCCAGGCCAGCUGCAGUCCCAAUAAUAGAAGGAAAAAAAGGCGUGAAAAGGAAGGCUGAUACUACAACAACUAUUACUUCAGUAUUCACAGCAAGCAGUGAAUCUCCUGCAACACUUAAUGAGAGAAAAGCUGUUAAAGAACACCAAGGUGAAAAGGAACAUAAGACACCAAAUAAGCUUCUGAAGAAAUACUUGCCAGGUUCUCAUCAGUCACCCGAAAGUCUUAAAAAGAUUCAUUUUUCAGAACAGCUAAAAUAUUGUAACGAAAUACUUAAAGAAAUGUUUUCAAAGAAACAUGCAGCAUAUGCGUGGCCUUUCUUAAAAACUGCAGAUGCUGCAUCUUCCUCACUUGGCGAGAACCAAGGGAUCACCAAAUAUCCUACAGACCUGGCAACCAUUAAAAAGAAAAUGGAUAAUUUUGAAUAUAGCGAUAUACGAGAUUUUGCUACAGAUGUUAGAUUAAUGUUCAAGAAUUGCUACAAAUGUAAUUCUCCAGACCUUGAAAUAGUUGCUAUGGCAAGAAAACUUCAGGAUGUUUUUGAGAGGCAUUUUGCCAAAAUUCCUCAUGAACCUGUUGCAAGCAUUCCUCUGCCACAGCCUAAAAGACAAAAGACAGAAGCUUAUUCCAGUGAGAGCAGUAAGGAUGAUUCUUCAGCAGAAAACUCAUCUGAAGACUCCAAACAGGAGAAAACGGUGCACAUUGCAAAGCUUCAGGAGCAAAUCAAAGCUAUUCAGCAGCAAUUGUAUGCUCUGACCAAAGUAUGCUCACCUAGACUGAAAAAGAAAAAAGAGAAGGUUCAAAGGGAGAAAAGUAAGAACAAGGAAAAAACUAAAAUAAAGAGCCUGAUUCAAAAGAAGAAAAAUCUAAAACACAAGAAGUCUAAGAAAAAUCUGUCUUUAAACAUUGAAUCCAAAAGAACCAUGCAGCAGGUCUUGUUGGCACAUAAGUCAGAAGAUAAAGAUGGUGCCAAGCCCAUGAAUUAUCAUGAAAAACGGAAGUUAGGUUUGAACAUAAGUAAACUCCCUGGAAAUAAGCUUCAAAAAGUAGUCCAUAUAAUAGAGUCAAGAGAACCUUCACUGAGGAACUCUAACUGUGAUGAUGUAAAAAUAGACUUUGAAACUUUAAAGACUUCAACACUCAGAGAACUAGAGAAAUAUGUGGCAAGCUGUUUGUGUAAGAGACCAGAAAAGCAGCAGGCUAAAAAACCAACAAAGCUGAAAGAACAUCUUAAUUCUGAGAGGAAACAAGAGCUGGAGAAGAGACUACUGGAUAUCAGUGGCCAACUAAACCCAAAGAAGAAGAACUUAAAAUUUGAACACACUGCUGAGUCCGCUACUGGACCAAGCAGACUGAGUGACAGCAGCAGCUCCUCAGACUCUGGCAGCAGUACUAGCAGUGGUUCUAGCUCCUCAGACAGCAGUGACUCUGAAUCAGGAAAAAUCUCAGCUGUAUCUUCUCUGCAUGAUGCUCGAGACCAGCAAACUCCUCCGAGUGCUCCAAGGACAAAUCAGUCUUCUGUCAGUCAGUGCACACAUGCUCUUCCAGAGGUAUCCAACAAAACUUCUCAGGUUAAUAGCACUGACUGGAGUAAGGAAGCUGAGAAAACAAUACCUCUAGACAAAUCAAAUGAACUUCAAAACAGUGAGAGAUCUGCUGAUUUGAUAUCUGUAACUCAAGAACAAAGGUUAGACAUUCUGGGGAAAAAUAGUCCAUACAAUCAACAUAAGCGCAAAAUCUUUUCUACUCUUCCAUUAGGUCAUUGUAUACCCAAUGACAAGCCUAAUGGCACAAAAUCCAAUACUCCUCCAAAAAAGAAUAUAAACUCCUGGUUAAGUUUAUGUAAAACGAUGACGAUUCCUGCUCCAAUAAAAUCACCUACUGAGAGGUUCAAUCAAUUCAGGCAACAAGCAUUAAAGAGAAAGAGAGACCAAAUGCAGGAGUUAAAAAGGCAAGCCCAGGUGCAAGCCCAGAAGGAACUACAAAACCUUCCUCAACAAAAAGAGAGCUGUGAAGCCACACCAUUGGAUGCCACAGCAGCAAUAUGCUGCGAGCCAAAGAGCGAAGUGCAGAAGAAUGAACAACUGCCUGAAGCAAAAGAAUACAUUCUUCCUGAAGACCGUAACGUGGCUAAAAAAUUAGAGCAAGAGCGCAGAAGGAGAAUAGCAGUAAGUUGCUGA